UGGGGUCAGAUGGCUGAGCGGUUAGUGAGUCGGGCUAUUAAUCAGAAGUUUGCCGGUUCGAUUCCCGGCUGUGAAAAAUGACGUUGUGUCCUUGGGCAAGGCACUUCACCCUACUUUCCUCGGGGAGAAUGUCCCUGUACUUGCUGUAAGUCGCUCUGGAUAAGAGCGUCUGCUAAAUGACUAAAUGUAAAUGUCUCAAAAGACAGCUUACAGGAGGCUCAGACCAGAGUGCCGUUGAUCCUCUGUAAUCAGACAUCCAGAAGAAGCAAGCAUACAGAAAUGUUCAAUUCUAGUCAACAUGCAGAAGUUGUGGUCAGUGAAGGCUGAUCCUGACCUCCCUGUUGAAGAGACAGAAAGGUUGUCUUCGGCAGGUGAAACACUUCCCGCCGUAAGACAAGACAGGUGAGAUGAGUUCCCAGAGAGAACCCUGGUCUGUCACCUGGCUCCUGCACUUCUCUGCCUGCUGUUCUCUCCUGGUGUCUUCUGAGAUGUUGCCCCUGAUUACCUGUCCGGGCUCGUUAACGGUUCUCCCGGAAGCCAAGUUCCUCGCGGGCUCCAACCUCACGGUCUACUGCCACUACGCACACGCCAGCUGCCACCACGAUAAGUUCAUCCUGGAGCUGGAUGGAGUGGCCCAACAGGAGGAGUUGACGGAGAACUGCAGCAGCGCGUUGUUCCAUCUGACCGAGGUCUACGGCUCCUCCCUGGUCUGCAGGCUGCAGAAGAGAAAGCAUAUGUUUCAGACCAUCUGCGGCAUGGACCUGUACCCUCAAUACCCAGACGCCCCAGGCAUCGUGAGCGUCCUGUUUGCCAACGACUCCACAUCAGCAGAGGUGCUCUGGACGUCCCCCCGCACUUCUCCGCUACAGGCCGCACACCUCAGAUUCAGGAAACGCAAUGGCUCCUGGGUGGAGAGACAGGCGACCGAUCUCAGUAAACACAGCUUCAUGAUACAGGGUUUGGAGCAACAGACCGAGUAUGAAAUGCAGGUGAAAGUGUGUAGCUCCAUACCUGUGACCACCUCCACCUCCACCUCCAGGCCUGUGUGCAGCAGCUGGAGCUCAUCGUUCAGCCAGACGAGCCCUGUAGCAGGGCCCAGCCAGAAACCAGACGCGUGGAGAGUGGUGCUGCCCCUGGAGAAGGACGGCACUCGGACCGUGAUAGUGAUGUGGAAGCACCCAGGACAGCGAGGCGGCCCGGUGUGGCACGAGCUGGCGUACCUGGAGCACGGAGACACACAGAGGGUUCACUGUGCUGCCAGGACCACCCAGCACUCUCUCCUCCUCUCACCUGAGGUGACGGCUCUGGAAGUCACCGCCCUCACCUCCCACGGCAGGUCCCCAACUGCCACCAUCUACCUGAACCGCACAGUUCUGCCUGCUCAGGCGCUGACACACCUGGCUGGUGCAAACGGCUCUGUGGUCCUGUCCUGGACCGAGGCUGGGGCCAGGGCCGAGGCUGGGGUUGUUCUGCUGGGCUAUGUGGUGGAGUGGAGGUCUGGGUCAGGAGUCCCGGGCUGGCAGAGAGUCUCCAGGGAGCAGAGGAGCACCUCCAUCACUGGCCUGGACGCGGGGGUGAGCUACCAGGUGUCCCUCCACGCUGAGACCAGCAGGGGGGGUUGUGAGCUGGCCUCCCGCCUGGUCUACUCCAGACAGCAGAAGCCCCUGGCAGGGCCGAGGGCCAGGGUGGUGUCUCGCCAGGCAGGGGAGGUGGUGAUCGCCUGGGAGGAGCUGGCUCUGGAGGAGCAGAGAGGCGUCAUCACACACUACUCCAUCUACCUCCGCGCCCUGGGAGCCCUGCACAUGGACACCGUGCUAUCUGGGGGACCCAGGCAACUCCGGCUUGUCUGUCCCGAGGUCUACGUCUCCAUAUCCGUCUCCGCCUCCACCUCCGCCGGGGAGGGCCCCCCGGGGCCCUUGGUGUCCUCCCAGCCCCCCGCUCCUGCAGUCAGUGUGGUGAUUUGGAUCGUGAGCUCGGCCACCCUUCUCAUGGUCCUCCUGGUGAAUCUUCUCUUCUGCAGAUACAUCAGAAUGAGGGUGAAACACACAUGCAUGACCUUCGGACCAGCCUGUCUGGUGGAAUCUCCCCCCCAGCCGGACAACAGCAACGCGAUCAAGCUGCUCCUGGAGGUGCAGCAGCAGGAGGAGCAGCAGGAGGAGGUGCAGCAGCAGGAGGAGGUGCAGCAGCAGGAGGUGGAGCAGGCGUCGUGGUCCAGACACAGUGACCCUGUGCUGUGCCUCAUCGAGGAGGUGUCCCAGGAGGAGAGGGAGGAGGUGUACCCAGUCAUCCACAUGGAGCACCCCCUCACCCGGCCCAGCCGGGACCCCGGUGGGGGGACGGAGAUCCAGGGAGGACCCACAGAGGGUCUGUCUCCUCAGACAGGCUACAAACCCCAGACCUCCACCCCAGCUCCCCCGCAGGAGCCCGAGGGAGAGGAGGAGGAGGCGAGGGAGGAGAGGCAGGAGGAGGAGAGGAUGAGUGCACCGUGUUGGGAGGGUUCUGUCAGAGACCUUGAGCUGCCUGGAGGACUGCUGGGGGCGUGGCUCUGUGACGUGGCCCUGGGGCUCUCUGCCUCUCCCGUUCAGGCUCAGACUUCCGCGGGGUGUCCCCUCUCCCCCGUCUCUCCCCAGAUGACCAGCCUCUUCCCUGGGGAGGCGUGGCGGGGAGGCGGUGGGUACCAGCCGGGAGCACAGCAGGGGUCUGGAGGUCAGGGUGGAGGUGAGGGUGGAGGUGAGGGUGGAGGUGAGGGUGGGGGGUUGAAGCCUGUGGCUACUUCCCCCAAACAGACGGUCUGA